UGUUUGUCCGUGCGCCACGGUUCGAUGCCGUCCGCAUGCUCCGGUUCAGCUGCUCCGGUGCCGCUGCUCCACUGCUCCGGUGCCGCUGCUCCAGUGUCGCUGUGGCCAGUCCUAGCACGACCAAAAUCGACCCGCUCAGCUUCGUACACGCUGUCGUUGCUGUCCGUCCCAGUCGGUUCCUCGCUUUCUCCCUCGUUGCACUUAGGGUUUUUGUCUCACCCGAAAAAAAUGUGGCGUAGGCCGCAAAACACUCUAGAGUUGUUUUUGCCCCGCGAGGGAAGCCACAUUGGGAUGAGCUCUGCUGGAGACGAAGAGCGCACUGCUGCGAGCGGAGAACAGAUCCGCCCGCCGGUGCAGGAGGGCCGCGAUGCGAAGCUUGCAAGUUUGCAACUGCAGAUUUCGCAAUUGGCGGCCCUGGUGGAGGAGUCGGUGAAGAAGAAGGAGCCUGGCAGCGUCGUGGCGGAUGCAGCCAGUAGGGGCUGCUGGGUUGCUGCCCCCGAAAGCCAAGAGCGAACGCUGCCGCUCGGCGGAGGCGGUGGAUUUCUCCAGCAGCAAACGAGAGAUAGUGGGCAAGGACCACGGCAGCUGCUGGAAGGCGGAUGGGCCAGCAGAUCGGGAGCGAACCCUGUUGGACCAGCCGGAGUGGGCUCGGGAAUAGGACCGGACAAGGGGGAAGCGAGGGGGUUAAAACCCCCACAGGUGAGAUACCCGUGAUUCGAGGAAAUGGAGAAUUCCUCAACGGCUGCAGCAGUAGCCACAUGAAGAGAGUAACAGUCAAUGCCCCGCGUCUCGAAGGGGAGAGUCGCGGCCAUGGGUAUGACUCGUGGAGAAAAUCGCUUAUCCACGCGGCCAAGACUGUAGGACUGGACGGCCAAUUGGUCGGCAACAACGAGAGACAUGCACCUGUCGGCAACCCAAACGUGCCAAGCUCGGAGCUGUACCGCCUCCAAUACACCAGCGACGAGGUCCAGAGGGGCCUCCAAGCGUUCCAAUUUGUGACCACUGCCAUCGUCAGAGAAGCCGACAAGGCGAUCGUGAACAAAUGCGAAAC